AAUGAAAUCAAAAAAAUAUUUUCCUUUUAUUCCUAUACAAAUACCUCUUGAAGAGCCGAUAAAAAUUGAAAAUGGGAAUUCCACGUGUGGAAUUUCGAUGAUUAUUAAGCAAAUAAGGCCAACUUGGAAAUUGGAUUAUUGUGAGAUUGAAGUUGUAUUCACUAAUGGAAUUACUAAUAAAAUAUUUUGUGUUUGUAAUGAAGAGGAAAAAGAAGACAAACUUAUUUUUAGAGUAUUUGGUGCUGGGUCUGAUAAAAUAAUUGAUCGAUUUGAGAAUGGAUUAGUUUAUGGUUAUUUACCUGGGGAAUGUGUUUCGAUUAAAAGUGUACGAGAACCUUGUAUAGUUGAAAAAAUUAGUAUUUCAUUGUCUUUAAUUCACAAAAUUCCUCUUACUAAAGAAGAACAAAAUCAGCAACCAUUAAUUGAAAUUAAAUUAAAAAAUUGGAUUGAAACUCUUCCAAAUAAAAUAUCCUCAGAAACAGGGCAACUUUUAUUUGAUGAAUAUUUUGCAAGUUUGUGGGGGGAUAUUAAUAAUUAA